AUGACACCAAAACCGCGCUGUGAAGCCCAAGAAAACGAGUUAACUUCAGCUGAGAGUCCCCUUCUUGACGCCGAAAGGCCAGCAAGAUACACGAGCCUUCCUGUACUUGAAGAGCCUGAAGCCGUCUCAUGGGCAUCUAUUCCGAAGAAAGGCCAACUGGCCAUUAUCGUGCUGGCUAGAUUGGCAGAACCCCUGAGCGAACGUUCAUUGACAUCGUACCUCUUCUACCAGCUACGAUGGCUCAGCCCGGAGCUUGAACCAUCUGAAAUUGCCAAACAAGCUGGGUAUCUCACUGCCAUAUUUGCGGCGGCCCAGUGUUUAACAUCUAUGUGGUGGGGACGUGCUGCAGAUCACCCUUGUCUGGGACGCAAACGAGUUCUGAUAAUUGGUCUUUCUGGCUCUGCUUUAUCUGCGCUCGGUAUGGGCUUCUCGACAUCUAUAUACUUUGUAUUUUUGUUUCGAUUCCUGGCUGGAGCUCUCAAUGGAAACGUUGGCAUACUCAGAACGAUGAUAUCUGAGAUCAUUGAUGACAAACGAUAUCAGUCUCGAGCCUUUCUUCUUUUGCCAAUGUGUUUCAAUGUCGGUGUCAUCAUUGGGCCACUUCUUAGUGGGUUUCUCGCCGACCCUAUUCACUCUCUCCCAAACUUGUUCGGUCCAGGGUCAGCAAUUGGGGGCUCUGAUGGCGUUUGGUGGAUGGCGAAGUUCCCAUACGCACUGCCGAACUUGCUUUUCUCGACCAUCCUCGCUAUGGCAGCUCUUGCAAUUGUCCUCGGGCUUGAUGAAACCCAUCCACAGCGACGCCAUGUGCCCGAUUUUGGACGUAGGCUUGGGAAAAUGCUUACUGGGAGACUGGUAAAGCAUCAAGACCCUGGAUACAUGCUCAUUUCAGACAAUGAUUAUUCUCAAACAACCGUCCACAACGAAGAUCAUGAAGCAGCAGACGCCCGUCACCAAAAUGUCAUUGACAAGCCACGGCCUCCUUUUAAAGUUAUAUUCACAAAGCAGGUGACUUUGGCACUGGUUCUACUAUUCUUGCAAUCAAUUCAUGUCUCCGCCUUCAAUUCCAUUUUGUUCAGUCUUCUCCCGACUCCGAAAUCAGCGAAAGAUAGCUUUGAGCUACCAUUCCGCUUCACCGGUGGACUUGGACUCUCGACGCAGAAGAUUGGGUUUGCUAACACAACGAUCGGGCUUAUUGGACUCCCGCUACAGCUGAUUCUCUACCCUAUCAUUACCUCUCGAAUUGGGGUGAAGAGAUCAUAUCGCACGUUUCUCCCGGCUAGCAUUGGUGCAUACAUCCUCCUCCCUUACCUGGUGUUGCUGCCCGACGAUAUGGGAAUAAUUUGGACGUGUCUAUCCUUCGUUCUGGUUUUACAAGUUGUAUCUCGAACAUUUGUCAACCCAGCGACGGUGAUCUUAGUCAAUAAUUCUGCUCCGAGUCCUACUCUACUUGGCUCUGUGCACGGGUUUGCAAGCAGCGUCUCAAGCGCCGCUCGCAUUGUAGGUCCAACUGUCGGUGGUUCGAUGUUGGGCUGGGGUCUUUCUCACAAUUUUGUCGCAUUGCCUCUUUGGGUAUUGACUAUUCUGGCCACCAUGAACUGGGUGCUUCUCGUCUAUAUUCAGGAGGUGCAAAUGUAA